AUGACAUCCGUAGAUCAGACGAAAAUUGAUGCGUUCCGAGCUAAAAUUGAACAACGUAGAGCUUGUGAAAAAAAAGCAAUUAAUACAUGUUUACAUUUAAUUGACGAAGACAAAGUCGACCAUGAAACAUUAAAGAAUGCAGCUAUUCUGAUCGAUCAAGAACGAUAUCGAGGUGUUAAUGAAGAUCGUGCUUUGAAAAAAGUAUGUGGUUAUCCUGUUUGUUUCAAAUCAUUACCAAAUGACAUUCCAAAGCAUCAAUAUUAUGUAAACGUAAAAGUAAAUAAAGUCAUUGAUACAACAGAACGACGGUUAUUUUGUUCAACAUUGUGUUAUAAAUCAUCAAAAUAUUUUGAACGACAAAUUCCUACAUCACCUGUUUGGGCUCGGGAAGAACAGCAAAAAGGAAAUAUUUCAUUUAAAAUUGAUUUAUUAAGCAAUGAACGCGCAAAUGAAGAAGAACAUGAUCAUAGUGCGAUUAUAUCUCAAUUUAAUUACAGUCAAUCAAUUCCAAAAAUACCACAUCGUCGUGAAUCAUCUUCGUCGUCUUCUUCGUCGGAUAAUGAUGAUGAUGAUGAUGAAUUCGAAAAAUUACAAAUAGCUCGUGAUAAAUAUUACAAAUCUCGGGCUUCACAAUCACAAAAACCGACAUUGGUUGAAACAAAACUUAAGCAAGUUUCACUUCCUGAUUAUAUUCGAACAGACAAUAGUACAAUUGAUUUUGUUAUUGUUUGUUUAUAUGAAUGGAUAACAGAUAAAACAAAAGAGUAUUUAGAAAAUAAUAUGAUAAAAUGUGACACACAAAUUAAUCCACUACGAUAUCAACAAUUAAUUCAUAAAGUCAAUAUUGAAGAUAUAAUGGCAUCAGAUGCAUCUCGAGCUGAAAGAAAACUCCCAACAAUUGAUGAACUACGAAAAAUCAAAGAAAAAAAUCAAUAUGAACUUAAAGUAAAAGAAUUUUUCGUUGGAAAAAGUGAUAAAUCAAAAGAGGAAUCAUCAUCGCCAUCUGCUAUAAUAUUGCCACCAGUUGACACUUACUCUCAGCAAGCAAUUCGCUUAUCGAUAGUUAGCCAGAAAAUCAUGACAUGUUUUAAACAAAUGUUUUGUGAUGACGUCAAACAAACGGUUUCAAGUGAUUUACGAUCGGCACUAUCAGAAUUGUUAUUGACAUUCAAUUUUAGCAGCGAAAAUGUAGCCUUGAAAUCCAAUGAAUGGACAAUUGUGACUCUGUUUCUUAUUCAUUUACUUACACAAAAAUUAUCCAUUCUAUCAUCUCAUUUAAAUGAAUCAAAACUUAUUCAAGCCCUGUUGAAUACUUUAAAUCUUUCAUCUGAUAUGAUUUUUCAUAUUGUAAAAUAUUUACUUGAACAUCCUAUUGAUAGUCAGCAAUCAUCAGAAUCUAGAAUGAAUUUUGAAGAUAUUGACUAA